AAUUCAGUGCUUCAGAUAGCAAUGAUAACAAACGCACAUUCAGCUGUUGAUUUUUAAACUUUACUGGAAAAUGACGAUACAAUUUCGCGGAAAGACAGCUGUUUCGUGAUAAUUUGGCUCCAGUAGUGAUCUGUCAGUCAUUGUCGGUUGUAUUUUCUCCCUGAAUGAGUGAUAAAUUUGUGACUACAUUCGCUGUCAAGGAAAACAAAACAUGGCUGAAGUUGCAAGAGACGCGAGUCAGAGACAAAGACGAAGAAGAAAGCGAAUGUCGAGAGACCUAGACGAUCACACAAACGAGAGCUUAGAAUCGCCAAGUUCUUUACCAGAAAGAGUUCCGUUACAAGAAGUCGUAGACGGAGAGAAAGGUGGCGUUCCUCACAGUGCGUCGAACAACUCCGGUGAUCAAGAAGGGAGUUCUGGGAUUCACCAAUCUACUGGGGAAAGACGAAACCGCGCCAGAAGACCUAGAAGGAGAUCUAGAAUGGAAAAUGGGGAUGUGUAUGAUGGAAUGGAGACAUCAAAAACACUUGAUAUGCCAGAAAAGAAAAGAUAUAAACGGCCGUCGUCUGGUGGGGUAAGGCAUACAAGAAGAUCUGCUAGUGCUGAAAUGAUUGAUAGAGAGGAUGAUGAAAUGAUGGGAGACAAUGAAAACUUGAGUCCAGCAAGAAGGAGACCAAGACGAAAGAAAACCCAUGGCUCAAAAGAUGUUGUCAAUGGAGAAGAAUACAUUAAUGAUUAUGAUGGAUAUGAUGGCCCGGGAGACCCAAAGAGGUUGAGACCAAAAAAACAUAAAACAAAGAAAUUGCAAAGACAACAAAAUGGAACUUCAGCAGAAGAAGAUAACUAUAAUGCAGAUAUUGAUGGAGAAGCUUCAACAGUGGACUAUUACAAAGUGGACAAAGAAGACAUUGUUGUAGCUGACACGCCAGAGACGGCACCACCUGCCCUCCCUCCUACAGCACAGACUCUGCCAAGUCAGCCAUUAGAUGUUGUUUUUAUUGAAAGAAGAGACGGUCAGGGCUUUACACGUGAAAGGAAAACGAGGCUACUGCAGCUAGAGGAGGAGAGGAAAGAACCUCAGUCGAUUCCCAGCAGCAGGCCGAUGACAACUGCUGAGUUUGCUGUGUCUGUGCACCGAGCUUUUAGAUCAUUUUCUCUUUUUUGUCAUGGACUCCUUGCAGGUCUUGCACUCUGUCAAGUCAUAUUUGUUUACUCGCUAAGCAACAGUAGUGAAGGAGAUGUAGUGUUCUUAGACAACUACUACAAACUGGCGCAACCUUUGCAGUCUCUUUACUACAUGCUGUUUGCCAUUUGUACAGUGUCCGUCUUCGACAGAUAUGACAUGGCAAAUCCACGGUCUGGGUUUUUCCAUGGCCUGCUCACAAGACCGUCUAGGAUUCUCUCAAUUAGUGCAUAUCUCUUUGCUCUGGUUUUCUCGAUUAGUGUGGCGAAUAUAGACGACAGAAUUAGUCUUUAUAAAGUGCAUGACAACUUAUGGGGAGACGCAGAAACGUCUUCUUUGUUGGAGACUUGGAGGAUCAUCAAUCUUAUGCGUGUAUUAGGAGCCGUGUUGGGAUGGGUCUUGGUGUCUGUUCAGCCAACAAAGGACUACACGGCUCAAAACUUGUAUGAGGGAGAGCUGUUACCCGGAGAACAGAGAGUGACACAGCAACGACCCGCUAACAGCGAGCCUCAACUGGUGGUGUAAUCAGGCAGACACAGUGAUGGAGACUGGGUCGAGCAACAUUUCAAGACUGGGCCGAGCUAGACUAGUCCGUCAGCGGGCACCAUGUUAUUCGUAGAGAAAAACUUUAAGAACAGACGUUUUAAAAGUUCAACUCUUUGAGCACAGAGCUUUACUUCUAGUUUGUACUUUUAAAGAGAGCUACAUGCUGUACGUUUUCUUGUUUUAAAAGGCGAACGUUUUCCAUUAUACGUGGUCUAGGAGAUCAUUGUAAAUGAAGAUUUUAUUUCCGAUAAAAGCCGCUUAUUAUUAUCCAUGUUCCUGAAAGGUUUUCUACCUAGUCAAAGAGUGGCCAAAGUGUUUCGCUGUACGUAAACAUCCAAGUUUUAAGUAUUAGUACAAAAACUUAUAUCACAUGAGCAGGUAAUAAAUUUUGUUUUGUUUUGUGAUUAA